AUGAAUAUACAGAAUUUGAAUCCUCCGAGUGAUGAAUAUCAUGCGACAGACGAUCUGAUGGAGGUUGAGAGAGGUGGUGAUGCAGCACCAAAUAUACCAACCACACGAACAGAGUUUAAAAUAUUCGAACCAUUGAUAAAAGACGUCCAAAAAUAUGCGGAUAAAAUUGGAGAAUGUUACGAACAGGCCGAACAUCAUAGAAGAAUUUGCAGUGUAUUGCUUAAACGUAUUAAUAAGGCUGCAGGCGAAGUGAAAACUUUGCGUCAACUAAAAAAUAAUUACAGUUGGUUUUUUGAUGAUAGCAAUAAUUACCCGAUUUUUCAAGGAUUUGUUAAAGUAAUUGAAAAAAUUCAAAAUUUUGUCAUUGUUAUUUCGCAGUUGCAAGGUGUUAUUAAAUACUAUAAUGAAUUUCGAGGCCCCGAAUUUUCAAUCGAUAGAAAAUUUCAUAGCCUUAUUACUGAAUUUGAAAGGACCAAGGAAGCACUUACUAUAGGGUUACAGAAAGAAGAUCAAAAAAUUGAAGACGACAAUGCUAUAAAACUGGAUAUGUGUGAUAUGGAAAAAUAUAUUAGAGAUAUCGGUGGUGAACUGUUUGAUCUUUCUAAAAAAAAUUUUCCAGCUGCUCAACAACAUAUUCUUCCGAUGCCAACCCCAAGGCCGGUCUUUCAAACUGUUCAAGAUGGUAUCAAUAUGCAUAAAACGAAGUAUGGUGAUCGUAAAACAGCUUAUGAUAUAUUUCGCAAAUAUGCUAAUUUAGGCGAUUCAACUGCAAAAUACUGGGUCGGAUACUACUUAUAUUACAAUUGCUUAGAUGAACAACGAACUAGCGAACAACAAAGAAUUGCAAUAAUGCGAGCUGCACGAUAUUUCAAAGAAGUAACUGAUAUGGAUUUACCUGAGGCUCAACUUUGUUAUGGUCAUUGUCUAUGGAAGGGGGAAGGUGUUGAAAAAAAUAGAAAAGAGGCUGUGAUAUAUUUCGAGAGAUCCGCAAAUAAUGGAAACUCGACUGCUAUGUAUAACGUUGGAAACAUGUAUUACUAUGGAAAUGGAGUAAUUCGAAAUGUAGAAAAAGGCGUACACUAUUUGAGGCAGGCAGCGUUAGAAGGUCAACCGAAAGCUAUCAACAUGUGCAAAAUAUAUCAAAUUACAAUUUAA